AUGGAAACCAAGCUUGCAGCAAACGAUGAGCAGUGUUACGAGGUCUUUGAACCGUUUUGCCAGUGGAAGAAAGAGGAAGGACUUGACAUUCUUAAAGUUCAUCUACCAGGUUUCAAAAGGCAAGAUGUCAGAGUUCAAAUCAACAACAAGGGCAUCCUAACCAUUAGUGGAAAGCAAUCUAUGGAAGAAGAAACUGCAUCUCCACCCAGCCGCUUCCUCAAAGAGAUCAAAAUUUCUACAAAUUGUAAUACGAGUGGAAUCCGUGCUAAGUUUUCGAAUGGAAUUCUUUCCAUAUCUAUGCCUAAGAAAGUGACAAACCUUUCAACACAAUUAUCAGGCAGCGGAGACAAGAUUAAGGCCGCUGAAAUUGCUACAUGGUCGUCAAUUAAUUACUAUUUACUUGGUUUAAGAAGCAAAGUUUUAAGCAAGGAGAUGGUUCUGAAGAUGGCGGGGGUCGCUCUGGGAAUGGCUCUUGGAGGUUAUGCAGUAUAUAGAUAUCCAAAGUCAGCUUGUGUCCAAAACUGA